UCAGGAUUGGCUGGCCACCGCUUGCAUCUCGCGCUGCUCGACUAGGUCGCCAAACUCGCCAGCUCCGUCCCGGCCUCGCCUCCUCUCCCCGUUUCAAACCCCAGCCCGGGCCGCCGCCGCCUCCCUCCCCGUCAUGGUGAGGCUCACCGCCGACCUGAUAUGGAAGAGCCCGCACUUCUUCAACGCCAUCAAGGAGCGCGAGCUCGAUCUCCGAGGCAACAAGAUCGCCGUCAUUGAGAACCUCGGCGCCACAGAGGACCAAUUUGAUACGAUUGAUUUGUCAGACAAUGAGAUUGUCAAGCUUGAAAACUUCCCUUACUUGAAUCGUCUUGGCACUCUAUUAGUUAACAAUAACAGAAUCACACGUAUCAAUCCCAAUCUCGGCGAGUUUUUGCCAAAGCUGCAUACUAUGGUGCUUACGAACAAUCGUUUGACAAAUCUCACGGAGAUUGAUCCCCUGGCAUCUCUCCCAAAGCUACAAUAUCUCAGCUUACUGGAUAAUACUGUAACUAAGCAGCCAGACUAUAGGCUUUAUGUGAUCCAUAAAUUGAAGCAUUUGCGGUUGUUGGAUUUCAAGAAAGUGAAACAACAGGAGAGAGUUGCAGCAGCACAAAAGUUUCACUCAAAGGAAGCAGAAGAAGAGGCAAAGAAGGUACCUGCCAAAACUUUUACUCCAGGUCAACUGACAGAUACGCAAGACACCACAAAGGAGGUGCAAGCUCCUAAAGUCAUUGGUCCAACACCUGAACAAAUCACAGCUAUCAAGGCUGCUAUUGUGAAUUCUCAGACACUUGAGGAAGUUGCAAGGCUCGAGAAGGCAUUGAGCACUGGUCAAAUUCCUGCAGAAUUUGCAAUGCCCAAGCCUGAUACAAAUAUGGCUGAUGCUUCAGAGGAAGCUGACAAGAUGGACACAGAUGGUCAGAACCAAGAGAGUGAGGCUGAUGGGUAGAAACAAGAUGAAGAUUGCGUAUUUGGUUCAUCUGUAUCUUGGCAGGAUUGAAGGCAGGCAGAUAGUCUGUAUCGCCUGGGACCAUCGUUUGAGUUGGGUCUGCCAGUUUUCGUGGGGGUAAACAUCGACCGUUGUCGUAGAAUGCCCUCUCUGGAUUGCAUCAUGCUUGAUAUCGGUAUUUAUGUAUGUUGCGGAUGCUAACAACAAUUUUCGGUAGAUGGUACUGCUCACUGCUUUGAGGAGAGAAUCAGUGGGUGUUGAAUACCCACCCUUCCAGCACUGCUAGAAUCAUUGAUGUUGUAAACUAUACAGUCGUGAAUGUUGGUGAACCUUUCUUUUGAAUGUAAUGAUGCUUCCGUGACUGAUCACAGA